GUAAAAGAAAAGUAUUGGAGAGAGAGAAAGACUUGAAAGAAGAUUUCAGAUUCAAUUUUUCUUCUUUCUUCAUCAAAAUCUUGUAGAGAAAGACCAUGGAUUCUGAGGGAGUGUUAAUGCCGUUGGUCCAUGAGCAUCCUUUGGAGGUAAACCAUUCUUACCAUCCUUGGCACCCUCUUAAGCUCCACACAGGUAAGCCACCAGACUAUUCUGACAGAGCAUGUCGUCUUUGCCUAAGAAUGGUUGAUGAGAUGUUUUAUCAUUGUUCUUCGUGUAACUUUACCUUGGAUAUGGGUUGUGUUUCAAACCCACCACCAAAAACUCUGAUGGAUUUGAAAGCUCAUGAUCAUCAACUCACCCUUCUCCCAAGACUCGAUUCUUUUACAUGUAAUGCUUGUGGGCUGAAGGGAUCUCGAAGCCCUUACGUAUGUUUUCAAUGUGGUUUCAUGAUCCAUCAACACUGUCUUAACCUUCCACGCCUCAUAAACAUUAAUAGGCAUGAUCACCGUGUUUCUCGAACUUCCAUUCUUGGUGUUGUGAAUUCUGUUUGUGGAGUUUGUCACCAAAAGGUGGAUUGGACUUAUGGAGGUUAUUCUUGUCAGCGGUGUCCUAGUUAUGUCGUUCAUUCGAGAUGUGCUACUAGAUAUGAUGUGUGGAACGGGAUAGAACUCGAAGGAGUACCUGAAGAAAUAGAAGAUAUAGAGCCGUUUGUGGUGAUAGAUGACAACACAAUACAACAUUUCAGCCACAAUGAGCAUUACCUAAAACUCCACGUUAAUGGUGUUCUGUGUGAUGACAACAAGCGGUGCAGCGCGUGCAGCCAUCCCAUAUGUCUCCAGUCCUUCUACGGAUGUAUGGACUGUGAUUUUAUUCUCCAUCAAAACUGUGCUGGAUUUCUUAGAAAGAAACGACAUGUGCUACACAAUGAACGACUUACUCUAGUGACAACCGAUAACAAAUUCUUUACAUGUCAUGCUUGUGGUAACAUGUCCAAUGGUUUCAGGUACCAGCAUGGGGAUAUAAAAAUCGAUGUUCGGUGCAGUUCAAUUUCUGAGCCAUUUGUCCAUUCAAGUCAUCCUGAUCAUCCCUUAUAUUACACUGUAUUACAUGAGUGUAGAUUUUGCCAUGGUUGCAACACGAAUCGUUACCAUGUGCUUAGAUGCAUUGAAGAUGGUUGCAAAUUUUCAUUGUGCUUCAAAUGCGCCACUCUACCACUAGUGGUAAAGCACAGAGUUGAAAAUCAUCCUCUCUCACUAUGCUAUGGAGAAAAGGCAAGUGGUAAAUACUGGUGUGAUAUUUGUGAGAAAGAAACUAAUCCAGAAACAUGGUUCUACACAUGUAAAGAUCACCAAGCUAGUUUGCAUAGAGAUUGUGUGCUCGGAGACUUUUUAGGUCUGAUGCCAAGAAGCACAAUAGAGGGUGACCCUGAAUUAUAUGAGGUGGUGCUCAAUAACAGUAUAUAUCGUCCAUUAUGCAGAAAGUGCAAGUUGCAUUGCAUUUACCCUAUCGUCGUGAAGAUGCUUGGAACCUCAGAUGAAUACUUGUGCUCUUUAAGAUGCGCCACUUACGAUUAAAGCCCAAAAUGAAACAGAAAGCAUGCAUGUUAAUGUAUCGUUAUUUCUUUAGAUUUCUUGUGUCAUUUCUUUUACAAGUUCAUUUGCAUUGUGAAUUGAUUUCCUUAAUGUAUCGAUUUGAUAUAUAUGAUAUGUAUCUAAA